GGACGUACCUUAAGUGUACUGUUGGCUAGCAACCGGUCCCUGUCCCGUGAUGCUUUGCGUUGUAACGUAGCCAACCUGCGACAGCUCGGGCGGCAGUUUGUUUUGGUGGCUGAUGAGAUGCUCAAGGUUUCAUUUCAACAUUAAUCAAUUAAAGGUGAAUAACAUGAUUCACGAGCUGUUACUUGCGUUGAGUGGAUACCCGGGGACGAUAUUCACAUGGAACAAACGAACAGGUUUGCAGGUGUCCCAGGACCUGCCCUUCCUUCACCCCAGUGAGACCAGUGUCCUCAACCGCCUCUCUAAACUGGGCUCAGAUUACAUACGCUUCACAGAGUUCAUAGAACAACACACCGGCCAUGUGCAUCAACAAGAACAUCACACAAACCAGCCCAACCAGACUGGACUUCAUGGAUUUUACUUGCGGGCCUUCUGCACAGGGCUGGACUCUAUCCUGCAGCCGUACAGACAGGCCCUGCUCGACCUUGAACAGGAGUUCCUUGGAGAUCCACAUCUGACAAUAUCUCAUGUGAAUUACAAGCUUGAUCAGUUCCAGUUGCUGUUUCCUUCUGUGAUGGUGGUGGUAGAGUCUAUAAGAUCACAGAAGAUCCAUGGCUGUCAAAUCCUGGAGACGGUGUACAAGCACAGUUGUGGGGGGCUUCCUCCUGUACGCAUGGCCUUAGAAAAGAUUCUUGCUGUGUGCCACGGUGUGAUGUACAAGCAGCUCGCAGCUUGGAUGCUCCACGGUUUGCUGCUGGACCAAAGCGAGGAGUUUUUUGUGAAGCAGGGGCCCAGUGCAGGAGGAGCUGCUGCCAACCAGGAGGAGGAGGAAGAGGACCUGGGGCUGGGAGGCUUGAGUGGGAAACAGCUCCGAGAACUACAGGACCUGAGGCUGGUCGAGGAGGAGAACAUGCUGGCUCCGUCUCUGCAGCAGUUCUCCCUGCGAACAGAGAUGCUGCCUUCUUACAUUCCCAUCAGAGUGGCUGAGAAGAUCCUCUUCGUUGGAGAGUCUGUUCAAAUGUUUGAAAACCACAACCACAGCCCAUCUAGAGCUGGCUCCAUACUAAAGCACCAGGAGGAUUUAUUUGCUGCCGAGCUGCACAGACUCAAACAGCAGCCUCUUUUCAGCCUGGUGGAUUUUGAAAAUGUGAUUGAUCGCAUCAGAGGCACAGUGGCGGAGCAUCUCUGGACGUUGAUGGUGGAGGAGUCAGAUCUGCUUGAACAGCUCAAGAUUAUUAAGGACUUCUACUUGCUGGGUCGUGGCGAGCUCUACCAGGUUUUUAUUGACCUUGCGCAGCACAUGCUGAAGACUCCUCCAACAGCCGUCACUGAGCACGAUGUAAAUGUGGCCUUUCAGCAGGCAGCUCAUAAGGUGCUGCUGGACGACGACAACCUCCUGCCUCUGCUACACCUCACUGUAGACUACCAGGGCAAAGACAGCAAAGAGGCGACUGGCCCCAGAGAUGGAGCCACUCCUCCUCAAGACACGUCCCCUCGUGAGGUCCCUCCCACUGGAUGGGCGGCUCUCGGUCUCACCUACAAGGUCCAGUGGCCGCUGCACAUCCUCUUCACUCCUGCUAUCUUGGAGAAGUACAACGUUGUGUUCAGGUACCUGCUGAGUGUGCGGCGGGUGCAGUCGCAGCUGCAGCACUGCUGGGCUCUACAGAUGCAGAGGAAACAUCUCAAGUCCAGCCAGACGGUCGCCGUUAAGUGGAGACUACGCAACCACAUGGCGUUCUUGAUCGAUAACCUGCAGUACUACUUGCAGGUGGACGUGCUGGAGUCUCAGUUCUCUCAGCUGCUUCAGCUCAUCAACUCCACCAGAGACUUUGAGAGCAUCAGACUGGCCCACGACCACUUCCUCAGUAACCUGCUCGCCCAGUCCUUCAUCCUCCUGAAGCCGGUAUUCCACUGUCUGAACGAGAUCCUGGAGCUCUGUCAAACCUUCUGCUCACUGGUCGGUCAGAGUGUGGCGUCACUGGACGAGAGGGCAACUGCUCAGCUGGAUAUCCUGGUCAAGGGCUUUAGACGCCAGUCCUCUUUGCUGUUUAAAAUCCUUUCGAGCGUGAGGAACCAUCAGAUAAACUCUGAUCUGGCUCAGCUGUUACUGAGACUGGACUACAACAAAUACUACACCCAGGCUGGAGGCACUCUGGGCAGUGUUUAAGAAGAGCACAACGGAUUAAGAUCUGGAGAUGUGCCCAUCUUCGAUAGACGCUCACACUGCACAGAAGAAACUCGUUAAAAAGGAUGAGCUCACCCAAAUUAUACAAUCGUAUUUCCUCCCUCACCUGUUGAGGUAUCCAGCCAUGCAGAUAGUUUAUCAGAUAUGUGCCUCUGAAACUUCUGCCAGCACCUCAACACAACAGGUGGAUGGUUAUUGUUCACGCGCAGCACUGAAAAAUGACAUUUCAAAACACAACUUCACUAUUAUUGAAUUAUUGACUAUUUCUUUAGUAAAAAGUAGUUCCAGUGACUGUUCAGUGAAUUAUGUGGAAACACAAUAACCUCACAAGCCUAGUGUGAUUGAGACUUACAAACUGAACCAUGCUUAAGAACUGUUUAUUUAAAUUAAGGAAUAUUUUAGGAUAUCUGCUUAGUAAACUAAUAAGUCUCCUGGCUGUAGCUUCAUAUUUAGCGUACAAACACGAGUGCUAUUGAUGCUCCCAUCUAACUCUCGGCAAGAAAGUGAAAAAGAACAUUUCCCAAAACGUUGUACACGUUUUCAUGGUAAAUAACAAGUUCAUAAUUACUUAAAGAUAACCCUGGCAUACCUCAAGACAAGCUGCUGUUGAAUUUGUGAAUGCCAUUUUUGAAUGCUGUGAACUUUACAAAAAACCUCCAUUGACUUCCACUUUAUAGGUCGGAAGGAGCUCUCUCAGAGAAAUGUCAACAACAUCUUAGCACAUACACCUGACAUUAUCUGAAAUGAAGUGUGAAAUGUUCUGGUCUGGGAGAUAAAGCUCAUUGUCCUUGUAUAAACUGUAAAUAUUGAAAACCAUGUUGCAUUUUCUGGAGAGAAAAUAAACUUAAAUCAAUUAAAAUGAAA